UGCUCCCAAUCUGGCCUUUCAAUUGGCAGAAGUAUUAGUCCUAUUAAUGCUUGUGGGAGCAGGGAGAUUUGCAAAUGAGGAGCAGACAGUCGCUAUAGCAACCGCGAUAGUGUUCUAUCAAUCUCUUACAGCAAACGAACGAAUGGAAGGAGUGAGAGCUAGUGGUUAGAGCAAAAGGGCCAGGAUGUCUGGGUUUUAUUCCUGACUCUGCUGGGAGUCGGGGGGAGGGGGGGACGACGACUCCAUGGAGUGCAGGGAAGUCACUUUGGAUUUUCACUGAUCUAACUGGGAGCUGAAUCGGACUCAUUGUCUUCAGCUGUAUUUGGUCGCUCCCUGGAAAAAGUUGGCCUCUGCUAACCUUCAACUAACUGUCACAUGAAAAAAUAUAUAAACAUCAUCUGAGCUCUUAAACUCGGCUGGGCGGCUUCACUUCCCAAAGCAGCCGAGAUAGCUGCUGAGAUACGCUUUGUGUUAUGGCAGCUCCUAGAGGCGCUACUCAGAGAUCCCCCCCCUUGGGGCUGGACACACGGAUCACAAAAGCCUGGUUCCUGCCCCUCCCUCCCCAAUACGUCCAGUCCAGGUAAACAGAGUCCCAUGGGAUUGCUUAUUUUCUUCAGAUGCUCGGAGUGUAUUUAGACAAGCACCCCCAUAAUUACCCAAGUCGGUUCCUGUGAACCAAAGCAAAACCUCCCUGGCCGCUAAAUCUCAGACAGGAUCAAAGAGUUGGAAGGGCAGCCUUGUGGAUAGUGCACUGGGCUGUAGCUCAGGGCAAUUAGGGUCUACCCCUAGCUCAGCCACAAGCUUCCUGCAUGAUCCUAGGCGCUCUGCUCUUGCCUGGGGGUUCUCUCUGUGUUUCUGCACAAGAGGAUCGCGCAGGAGGGACCCAGCGUGCAGAGGAGAUGACAGGCACACACAUCUCUGUUUAUUUAUUACGGAGCAACUGCACAUCUUUGAGUGGCGGCUGAAAUAGUGGAUAGGCUCCCGGGGAGCCGUGUGAUUCGAGGAGGGCUUGGAAGGAGGAGAGGGUGGGUUCCUAGGGAGGUUUUCCCUUCUCCUUUUAACAGCUCCUUGCAGCCGCCUUAUCUUCCCAACGGAAGUAUUCGUAGUGUGUGCGCUGCGGGGAUGCUGCGCAGCACAGGGUGAUGCUGGAGGGGCCAGGACUUGGCAGAGAGAAGCCCUCAAGGGAACCACAAGUGGCUGGGUUUCUUUCCCCUCUAACCAAGAGCCCUGGAGGCCUUUUUUUGCAGGUUUAUUUGUUUGCUAUGAGGAAAGUCCCCCGCGCGGAUGGGAAAUCGCGUCCAGCGCGGCCGGAGCGAGGCAGCAGCUUUCCUUACAAGGAGUUUGGCUGGGACUCAGCUGGCGAAAGUUGCAGGGAGUCUGAGCUCUCUUCCUCCCUGCCUCAUUCAUUCACGCACGGGGCUGAGGUCUGGAGCCAGCAGCCGUGGGGAUGGCGCAGACGCUGCGUUCCCAGUGAUUCACUCAGCUCCUCCGUGUCCGGGGGUUGGCUCGUUGCUCUGGAUUCAGUGUGCGGGUGCCAGGCUGGCCCUGCCUUGAGGAGGCGUGGGCCUGCGUGUGGAUGCGAGCGUGUGUGUAGGGGGCAAACCAUGGAGCUGUGGAUAUAAAACAACAAAAUCCACUCAGCACCCUCAUCCUCUCUGUGUCCCUCAUGAAAAUCCAGCUCUGAUUUCAAGGCAAGAGAAUGUCCUCGAUGUUUGGCAAGCCCCGGGCCACCUCCAGCGCUGCCGACCGUCACCUCCCCAGCCUACUGCCCGAGUGCAACGUGGCCAUCUUAGGGUGCAGAGGAUCCGGCAAAUCGGCACUGACGGUGAAGUUUCUAACCAAGCGGUUUAUAAGUGAAUAUGAUCCCAAUUUGGAGGACACCUACACGUCAGAAGAAACUGUGGACCAGCAGCUAGUGCUGAUGAAAGUGAUGGACACAGCGGACCAGGACACACCGGUGAACUGCGAACGCUAUCUCAGCUGGGCCAAUGCAUUCAUGGUCGUCUACAGCAUUGACAACAAAGGGAGCUUUGACGGCUGCCAUCAGUACCUAGAUAUCAUUUCCCUCCACUCGAAAGGCAGUCAGCACGAUUAUCCCAUUCUCCUGCUAGGAAACAAGCUGGAUAUGGAGCAAUACAGACAGGUCACCAAAGCUGAAGGGGUGUCUCUAGCUGCCACGUACGGGUGCUUGUUUUAUGAGGUCUCUGCCUGCCUGGAGUUCGAGGCUGUGCAGCACGUGUUCCACGAAGCAGUGCGGGAAGUGAGGAGGGAGAUGGAGAGGAACCUGCCGGCCCGACCACUGUUCAUCACAGAGGAGAGGCCCUUCCUGCACCUUGCUGCCCCAACUGCUGUGGCCUCCAAGCACGGCGUGGCCAGCUGCACGCUCAACACCCUUUCCACAGUCAACUACAAAGAGAUCCCCUCUGUGGCACAAGCCAAGCUGGUCACCGUGAAAUCGUCACGGGCUCAAAGCAAGAGGAAAGCUCCCACGUUGACCUUACUGAAGGGCUUUAAAAUAUUUUAAGCCUUAUUCCCACCCCCGCAUUUACUGCUUCAAAGGGAUUGGAAGAGAGCAGCCCUUGGCUUUCAUAGCAUCCUGAGGAACCUUCUCCAACUUCUACAGUGGCAGUUGACAAUUUCCAUGGCCGUUGAGGCUUACAGACCGUCUUCUGUGUUUACUGACAAUGCGUUGGGGCCUAAGUUCUACAGCAAAGCACUUUGGUUGGAAGGCAAAUAGCAGGCCCAGGACUGAAGGAAGAAGAGUCUGAAACUUUGUCAUGGCUUCCUUCUAAAUCACCGACUUUUUGUCCUGUCCCUGUAGCUCAGCGUCGCUGCGGGAUUGGCACGUUACUCCUAUUCAUUUGCACUGUGUGUUAGUAAAGCUCUUUGCUACAGCAGAAACAGAACAUGGAGCGCAGGAGGAAGCCUACGUUAUAUUCAUCACGUCAGCAGUGUGAGAGGCUGAAUGCCCUCCUGGGCACAGGUUAAAUACACUUUACACUGUCUGCCCAGGAGGCCAGAUUCUCUACUUGUACGGGUGUAGCACGUCUUGGAGAAUCAGCUCCCGUAAAUGCACACCAGCUGAUGAGGCAAGAUGGGCAGCCUGUAGAAUAACUGGGGCCAGAGUCUGUAACCACAGUGAUCAUGUAGAUCGGGGUGGCUGCACGGGCUCUUCAGAAGUUAAUUUGUGACUCCUUGCAAAGGAGCCAGCUUCAGAACUAUAGGCACCAACUUUCCAAUGUGUCAGGGGUGCUUACUGCUCAACCCCUGGCUCUGCCCCCACUCCACCCCUUACCUCAAGGCCUCCACCAUAGCCUGACCCCUCCCUGGAUCCUGUUGCACCCUCGCUUCUCCCCCCUCCCUCCUUGCCUCCUGUGCAUGUGUUACUGUGUCUCUUUGCCGAGGUACAGUGGUAUAUUCUGGCUCCUUGGCCUAGGUUGGUCACCCCUGCCGUAGAUGGCAUGGAUGUAAUGCUCAGCCUGGGACUCCAGGUGGAAAUACUUGGUGGAGAUAGGGUUGCCAGGUGUCCGGUAUUUUCGCCUCCUGUCUGGUAAAAAAAU